AUGCAAGAAUCGAUCGAAAAAAUCACAACAUAAAGUCUAAGGAUGACAGGUCCAGAAUGGCAUAGCAGAUCUGUCAACUGUAUCCCUUGGGUUUCAGUUUCCUUACUGCUUAUACCAAUAUCGAGUAAAGUUCUGGCUCAUUUGAUAAGUAUUGAGAACUCCCAUGUGUGCUCACUUUGAUGUGCGCGGUAGUUCCUUGUAAAUGGUUACUAAUUUACGAUCGCGUUUUCCUGGAUUAGAGAAAUGCUUUACCAGUUGUGUCGCUUUUUUGAUUAUUGUGUUUUUGGACUUCGGUCAUACUGUAGUGCGUGAUCCAAGAUGAUUCAUGAUUGCCCCGUAAUUCGAAUCUGAGUGGCUACUUGCUCCUGAGUCAUGGAGAAGUUAUUCCUUGUUGGCAGCACUGCGCAGAAAUUGCGCGAAGCGCAUCUGGAAGAUCUCCGACAUCGAGAUUCCCAUCUGCCAACGGUGUCCUUUACAACGACAUCCGGACGCUAUGAGAACCUGGACGAAAGCAGCGAGGGUACGGGGACAGCGCGGGUGGAUGUGGUCGCCGCGCGCAGUGCCAGCAGCACGGCAAGCGGGGAUCCGUUGCGGAGGCCCGAUGGGAGCGUCGGUGAUUUUCCUGCAACCUUUACUGUUGAUCAAGCCGUGGACAAAAUUGGAUUUGGCAAGUUCCAGUUGAAACUUUCCUGUCUGGCUGGAUUCGCAUGGAUGGCCGACGCUAUGGAAAUGAUGAUUUUAUCCAUAUUGUCGCCGGCUCUGAAGUGCGAAUGGGAGUUAGCCGGAUGGCAGCAAGCUCUAGUCACAACGGUUGUGUUUUGCGGAAUGAUGAUGUCCAGUGCAGCUUGGGGAAAGGUCUCAGAUCAUUACGGUCGGCGCGUAGAGUUACUCCUUUGUUCUUUCAUUACUUUCUUUUAUGGAUUAAUUAGCGCUGGUGCGCCUAACUUCCUUUGGCUGCUUUUUCUCCGCUGCCUUGUCGGUAUCGGAAUCGGCGGAGCACCGCAAUCUGUGACACUUUAUUCUGAAUUCCUGCCCUCGAAACAACGAGCAAAAUGUUUGGUUUUAACAGAGAUAUUUUGGGCUCUGGGUUCGUGUUUUGAAGUACUGCUAGCUUUAUUUAUCAUGCCGACGCUGGGAUGGCGUUGGUUAUUGGGCUUAUCGUCAAUUCCUCUGCUUAUUUUUGACAUUGCUUGUCUGUGGAUGCCCGAAAGUGCUCGGUUUUACAUGGCCAGUGGGCAGACUGAUAAGGCGUAUGCGAUCCUGGUGCGCAUUGCCAAGGAGAACGGGGUUGCUAUGCCGCCCGGGGAACUUGUAACAGAUGCCGGAAAAGCUAAGGAUACAGCACCCAGGGGACGAUUUCUUGAUCUUAUUGGACCGGAUUUUCGAAGGACCACGUUAUUAUUGUGGACUAUCUGGCUCGGUAACGCGUUCAGUUAUUAUGGCGUGGUCCUGAUGACUACGGAACUACUAGGCGUGGGAGACACCUGCCAUGUUGGCACGGAAGCGGCUCUCCCGCUUCCAGCUUGUGAUUUGGAAUGCCGAAUGCUGACCACAGCUGACUACUGGGAUCUUCUGUGGACAACAGUUGCAGAAUUUCCUGCUCUCUUCAUCACUGCAUUAAUUAUUGAUCUCCUUGGACGGAAGCGAACGAUGGCAUUGGAAUUCGUGGUGUAUGCAAUUUUUGUUUUCUUGCUGUCCAUUUGUACUUCCAGGAUAAUUAUGACGCUCUUUUUAUUCGUGGCUCGGGGAUUUAUAUCAGGCGCCUUUCAAACGGCGUACGUGUACACACCAGAAGUGUAUCCGACUUCCAUGCGGUCUAUCGGAUUAGGAAUGUGUAGUGCCAUGGCGCGCAUCGGGGCCAUUGUGACUCCCUUCAACUCGCAGGUGAUGUUGAAUUAUUCUGUGUAUGGUGCCAUUUGCAUUUAUGGAAGCGUGGCGUUAGCCGCUGCUGUCGCAUCGUUAUUGCUCCCGAUAGAAACAAAGGGACGCGAAAUGAAGGAUACACGAGUGGCGCAUUGAUUGGAAUGACUGAUCAGAACCUGCAGCAAAGAAUCUGGAUAAUAUGAAAAUCCCGAAAUUGAAUCUGCUGUGCAGUGUGUACGGUGCCAAUCCAUUCCCAGUGAAUCUCCGUUUUUGCGUUUUAUUUUUUCAUUUGUUUUAAUUUAAUUCUGGUGAUCUUACUGGUAUCCGAGAAGUCAGUGGAAAAACGUCGCGAAUGUGAUUUUGCAAACGAAUAAACGUUUUUUUUUU